AUGUCGAAUCUACCAUCUCCGUCGUUCCAGGGCCCGCUGACGAUCAGCGCAUCGUCCGUAAUUGACGCGCCCAUAGACAAAGUAUGGCAGAUCCUCGUCGACUUCACGUCCUAUUCCGAAUGCUCCUCCAAGGAGCCGCUGCCAGACCAGACACCCCGAGAGGGCUCGUACCUCCUCAUGGAGGUGCAUAUACCACCGACGCCCGACCGGUCUCACACGCCCACGUCGCGCCCGCUCGAGAUGAUCACGGCGGUCGACCCGGCGGCGCACCGCGUGGCAUGGAAGAAUCUGAUGCCGUCGUGGUUUCUGCGUGCGGAGCGGUGGCAGGCGCUGAGUGUCGUCGAGGACGGGAAGACAUUGUACGAGACGCGGGAGGUCAUGGCGGGUCCCGGUGCAUAUUUUGUGCGCGCACUCCUUUCUAGCGGGUUGCAGCAGGGCUUUCAGGCGGUCGCCGAUGGACUGAAGCGCCAAGCGGAGCAGUCUUAG